AUGAAAUCCAAACAAGUUUCAACGAUGAUAAGACAGGGUUUCAUAUCAGACCCAACAAUCUCUUCAUUCUCACCUUCUAGAACCUUCUCUUCUCCAUCUCCAUCUCCACCACCAUCCACCACUCGCCCGAGUCAACCUCAAACUCAAACUCAGUCACUCUUCGACAUGAUGUCAGAGGAUCAGAACCGCGACGCCAAACUCUCCGACGAAAAGCGCCGGAAAAUGCAAGAUCGGGUGAAGAAGCUGCUAGAAGAAGCGCCUUUCAGCGGCGGUGAUGUGAAGCUGACGGUGGUCGGAAAGGAAGGGUUGAAGGUAUCAAUGGAAGUUCAGAAGAGCGUUUUGGCUGAUAAGAGUAGAUUCUUCGCGGAGAAGCUUCGUUGUGACGGUGGAGAUGGGAAUGGGAAUGGAAUGACGCAUUCGGUUGAGAUCAGUGAUUGUGACGACGUUGACGUUUAUGUGGAAGCUGUCGUUUUGAUGCAUUGUGUGGAUCUUAACAAGAGGUUGAGGUUCAUUGCUGAAGAUGGUGUUUCUAAAGUCUUGAACUUGCUCAAGGUAUCAGCAGCCAUCAUGUUUGACCUAGGUGUUAUGUCAUGUCUAGAAUAUUUGGAAGCUAUUCCAUGGACUGAGGAUGAACAGGAAGAAAUUAUAUCUCAACUAGGUCAUUUGCAGCUUCAUGACUCUGCAACUGAAGUUCUUCUUAGAGUGUCAUCGUCAAGUCCAUCUACUGCUGCGAGAGCCGAUGAUGUUUUCACGAGCCUUCUUAGUGGUGUUUUACAAGCUAAAGACGAUAAGGCGCGUAGGGAAAUGAAAUCCAUGCUAUCUAAAUUACUUAACGAGGAUGCGUAUAAUGAUAGCAACAAACUCGAUGUUUCUAAAGACACACUCUAUCAUCUUUGCCAAAGAUGUAUCGGCUCUCUUGUCCUGUGCCUAUCUGAAGCAAACGACUCGCCUGAGAGGCCAGACCGGGGGAUUUUAAUGAGCGAAAUAGCUCGCGAAGCUGACAACAUACAAUGGAUUGUUGACAUUUUGAUUUGCAAAAGGAUGGGAGACGAGUUUGUGAAAAUAUGGGCGGAACAGAAAGAACUCGCUGCACUUCAUUCGAAAGUUCAAAUCAUUUAUCGUUAUGAAAUCAGUAGAAUCACAGCGCAACUGUGUAUUGGGAUUGGAAGGGGGCACAUAUUGGUGCCGAAAGAAAUUCGAUUUUCGUUGUUGUCGACAUGGUUAGAAGCUCUGUAUGAAGAUUUUGGAUGGAUGAAGAGAGGUUCUAAAUCGGUUGAUAAGAAAUUGGUUGAAGAUGGACUGAGCCAAACUAUACUAACACUGCCUUUACUUCAACAGCAACUUUUGUUGCUUAAUUGGUUUGAUAGGUUUCUUAAUAAAGGAGAUGAUUGUCCUAACAUUCAGAAGGCUUUUGAGAUUUGGUGGAGAAGGGCUUUCAUCAGAAAGUAUUCACCAGAGUCUGAUAGUUCUCAAUUACAAAUAGCUCUCAUGGAUUAUCCAAAAUGA